GUAAACAUGCUGGAAGGGGCGGGACCUGAGGUAUCUCAUGUCGUCAACGCGAGGCGCUUUGUUGUUCCUUCGAGACACAAGUCGAGAAAAAAUAACUUUUUGAUUUAAAAUAAGACAAUCUGUGUGAUAAUAGAUUGCAACGAUUAGGGUCGGUGCCAUGGCACUGUGAUCUGGACUGGAGGUGUACGGUAUCAUGUACAGUAUUGGGAAAAGUGCCUUCUUGGAGGAAUACAGCUAGCGGAAGGAAUUCCAGGGAAGACGGGAAAAAUCUCGGCAGGGAUGCCAUCAGCAAGUUGGAAAAAUGUAUUCCACGCCACGAUAUGGGAUUGAUCCACCUCUCCGCGGAAUUAUGUGCACGUUUGAUUAAUCCCCGGUGCCGGAAAGGAGCGUGUUGUGUGCUUUACAACUAUUGUUCGGACAGUUAGCAAGUUAGCCACGUAGCUAUGGCUAGGAAGACAUUUAAAAUGGCGGAGGAUUGGCCCGUGUCUGUGGCCGUCGUCUUCAUGUUGUUGGGGUUGAGUGCCUGUGCACUGGAGCCCUGUCCUGAUCCAUGCUCGUGUAAAAGUGGAUUCGACGAGAUACAUAUCCUGGACUGCAACCGCAAAAGACUUACGACAGCUCCUCGUAACCCCCCUAGCUGGAUCACCCAAGUGAGCAUGAAUCAUAAUGAAUUGACUUCUAUUCCUUCCCUUGGGGACGUCUCCUCCAACGUCACGUCGUUGUCAUUGAUCCACAACCGAAUCUGGGAGCUACCUCUGCAUCAGCUGCAGCCGUACACAUCCUUGGAGUCCCUAGACCUCGCCUCCAACUCUAUCUCUGUGCUCAAGGCCUUCCCCUCCAUGCCGCUCAAAUACCUGAAUCUGAGCAACAACAAGGUCAGCACGCUGGAGCCGGGCUGCUUCGACAACAUCUCCAGCACCCUGUUGGUGCUCAAACUCAACCGCAACCGGCUGGCCCUGCUGCCCUCCAAGGUCUUCAAGCUGCCCAUGCUCAACUUCCUUGAGAUUAAACGCAACAAGAUCAAGGUGGUGGACAGCCUGACCUUCAAGGGGAUGGAGGCCCUCCGCUCCCUGAAGAUGCAGAGAAACGGCAUCACCAAGCUGAUGGACGGAGCUUUCUUUGGACUCAACAACAUGGAGGAGCUAGAGCUGGAGCACAACAACCUGACGGAGGUAAGUAAGGGCUGGUUGUACGGCCUGCGGAUGCUGCGCGUCCUGCAGCUCAGCCAGAACACCAUCGGCAUCAUACGAGCAGACGCCUGGGAGUUCCUCCAGAAGCUCGAACAACUGGACCUCUCCUUCAACCACCUGACGCGUCUGGAGGACACGGCCUUCGUGGGCCUGGGCCUCCUGGAGAACCUGAACCUGGGGGAGAACACCAUCAGCCACCUGGGAGAGGGGGUGUUUGGCGGCCUGGCCAGCCUCCGCAGCCUAGAUAUCCGCAAUAAUGAGAUCUCCUGGGCCAUCGAGGACUCCAUCAGCGUGUUCGAGGGCAUGAAGAAGCUCAACACUCUUAUUCUCCAGAGGAACAAGAUCAAGUCCAUCACCAAGAAGGCCUUCCAGGGCUUGGAGGAGCUGGAGCACCUGGACCUGAGCAAGAACAGCAUCAUGUCUGUCCACCCCGACGCCCUCGCUCACCUGAAGCUGAAAUCCUUGUGAGUGGAUUCUGUUAUCGUGGGCAAAAAACGCUGCCUCAGCUGUGUUUUUAGAAGGAAUGUGUGUUUAAGAUGGAACGGGUGUUUU